GCUUGAAGGAACUUGGAUGGAACCUUUUCAUUGUCGAGCCACAGUUUCUCUGGGCUGCUACGGAUGAAAGACGUGACAUGUAGAGAUAUGAAAUUAUGGAAUAUGAACAGAGCCUUUUCAAUUGGUUUCAUCAGGACUUCGGUAACAAUAGAAGUUGGACCAACUGACGCAGAGGCUGUGAAGGCAAAGCUGAAAGCACGAAAUGCACCACAAAGGCAUCACCAUCUAGAUUUUGUGAAUUGUACUACUGUACAUAUUUCACCUGCACAUCAUCUCUCUCUCCCAGUGGAAAGCAGACCGAACACAUCAAUGACUGAGGGGUAGGCCGUUUGACUGGUUUCCUUUGAGUUUUUGAGUUUUUUGCUCUGUCCUUUCUGAUAUCGAUCUACAAACACUAUCUGAGACGCUCAAUUUCGGUAAGUUUCUGUCCCUCUGAACUUCCCACCAUGGCCAAACAAGUCGAUCCAAGCUCUGGCUUUUGCUCUCAAACCAGAACAUUCCACAGUCUUCGUCCUGACGUCCCUCUCCCUCCACCCUCUCAACCUCUUUCCAUCACUGACUACGCUCUCUCUCUCAUUCCUCCGACUGCUUCCUCCACCACAGUUCUCAUCGAUUCUGCCACCGACCGCCACAUCUCCUACUCCCUCUUCCUUCACCAAAUCAAAAACCUCGCCUCCUCUCUCGCUUCCCUCACCCCUCUUUCCAAAGGCCACGUCGCCUUCAUUCUCUCUCCUGCUUCUCUUCACAUCCCAGUUCUUUACUACUCCCUCUUGUCUUUAGGAGUCACCGUCUCACCCGCUAACCCUAUCGGCUCUGAUUCGGAGGUCGCUCACCAGGUUGAGCUCGCUCAACCUGUCAUUGCAUUUGCUACCUCCUCCACCGCUCACAAGAUCCCUAAGCUCCGAUACGGUACGGUCAUAAUCGACUCGCCUCAGUUCCUUUCCAUGAUCAAUGGAACUUCCGGAAGUGGUAAUGCUGAUAUCAGGGGCGACCGCAGAGUCAUGAUGAGCCAAUCCGAUCCGGCGGCGAUUCUAUUCUCAUCUGGAACGACUGGAAGAGUGAAGGGCGUGUUAUUGACCCAUAGGAAUUUGAUUGCUCUAAUUGGGGGAUUUUACCACCUGAGGCAUCUCAUGGAUUCGCAAGAGAAUGAACCCGAGCCGGUGUCCCUAUUCACGCUGCCGCUUUUCCACGUGUUUGGGUUUUUCAUGCUGAUUAGGGCGAUGUCGAUGGGGGAGACCCUGGUUUUGAUGCAGAGGUUCGAUUUCGAAGGCAUGUUAAAGGCGGUAGAAAGGUACAAGAUUACAUACAUGCCAGUUUCGCCGCCGCUCAUUGUGGCGCUGGCCAAGUCGGAGUUAGUGAACAAGUAUGACCUUAGCUCGCUGAGGUUGCUGGGGUGCGGCGGCGCGCCGCUUGGCAAGGAGGUGGCUGAGAACUUCACUGCCAGAUUCCCCGAUGUGGAAAUAGUGCAGGGGUAUGGUCUGACUGAAAGUGGAGGAGGGGCAACGAGAAUGAUAGGGCCUGAAGAGGCUAAGCGUCAUGGCUCUGUGGGUCGACUUGCAGAGAAUAUGGAAGCCAAGAUUGUGGAUCCUGUGACUGGAGAGUCAUUACCUCCUGGCCAGAAAGGGGAACUGUGGUUGAAAGGUCCAACAAUAAUGAAAGGUUAUGUAAGAAACGAGGAAGCAACGGCUGAGACAUUGGAUCCGGAGGGAUGGCUCAAGACUGGAGAUCUUUGUUAUUUUGAUUCUGAUGGUUUCCUCUACAUUGUGGACAGGCUCAAGGAAUUGAUCAAAUACAAAGCAUAUCAGGUUCCUCCAGCUGAACUUGAACAUAUACUUCACACCCACCCUGACAUUGCUGAUGCUGCUGUAGUUCCGUACCCUGAUGAAGAGGCAGGGCAAAUUCCAAUGGCCUUUGUGGUAAGAAAGCCUGGAAAAAAUAUCAACGCAGAUCAGGUUAUGGAUUUUGUGGCAAAGCAGGUUGCGCCAUACAAGAAGAUACGGCGUGUGGCUUUCAUUAACGCUAUUCCAAAGAACCCGGCUGGCAAAAUUUUGAGAAGGGAAUUAGUUGAUUCUGCAUUGUCAAGUGGUUCUUCCAAAUUGUAGUCCAGAUGGCUCAAUUUCUUUAUAUGUUGAUGUACCGUUGUUAUAGUUUUCUUGAAAUAUCGGAAUGUUUAUUUAAAACUGAGAAGAGAAUGUACAGAUCUACAUAUUUCUUAGGUUGCAUGUCUUGUAGUUGUAUUCAAAGCGCUUCUAUGAUGAAGCGCUUUCAAGGCGAAGGACUCACGUCACAAGCGCACUGCUCCAGCCGAAUACUCGAGAGCCUUGAUGCUUUGUUUAAAUAAAUGCAAUCCAUGAAAAUAUAUAUAUAUAUAUAUGUAUGUAUGUAUGUAUGUAUGUAUGUACGUAUGUAUGUACGUAUGUAUGUAGAUGUAUAACAUCAUUGAAGCAAUCAGGAAUAUGUUGAAUUGUUCUUAAUUUCCCUUCGUUCUCA